AUGACGGGCAGAUCUCGCCGAGGGGUCAAAUUUACCCACAAACACUCCCAUCCAAACGGACAGUCGGCCGCCGACGGCCGCCGCUCAAGUUUCAGCGAUGUCAGCGAGGAAGGCUCGCCGACCAAGUCCAGGGGGAGUGGGACGCUGGACAACAUCGCAGAGAAACCACGGACGGCCGAGCAGCAACGAUCUGAUUAUGAGAAGAAGAAGGCCAACUUCAUGACCCGGACAUUCUGGACCUUUGUCAUGAUUGGCGGUUUCUUCGCCGCGCUUUUCAUGGGCCAUGUCUACAUCAUCCUCAUUAUCACCGCCGUUCAGAUCAUCUCCUUCAAGGAGGUGAUCGCCAUCGCCAACGUCCCGAGCCGAGCGCGCGACCUACGCUCCACCAAGAGCCUCAAUUGGUACUUCCUCGCGACGACCAUGUACUUCCUAUACGGCGAGAGCGUCAUCUACUAUUUCAAGCACAUUGUCUUGGUUGACAAGGUCCUUCUCCCGCUGGCUACCCACCAUCGGUUCAUCAGCUUCAUCCUCUAUGUGUUCGGAUUCGUCUUCUUCGUCGGCUCCCUCAAAGCCAGCCACCUCAAGUUCCAGUUUGCCCAGUUCGGAUGGACACACAUGGCGCUGUUCUUGAUCGUCGUACAAUCGCACUUCAUAAUGAACAACAUCUUCGAGGGCAUGUUCUGGUUCUUCCUGCCGGUCUCGCUCGUCAUCACCAACGAUAUUUUCGCCUACAUUUGCGGAAUCACCUUCGGCCGGACGCAGCUGAUCAAGCUGUCUCCCAAAAAGACUGUCGAGGGCUUUGUCGGCGCAUGGGUCAUGACUGUCAUCUUUGGGGUUUUCUUCAGCGCCGCCUUGGGCAAGUCGAAGUACUUCGUCUGCCCGGUAACCGACCUCGGGGCGAACAUCUUCACGGGCCUCCAGUGCGAGCCCAACCCGGUCUUCCUCCCACGCACAUUCCAGUUGCCAGAACUCUUCUUCCUCCCGCCGAACACGACUUUCAGCGUUACCCUGGCGCCGAUCCAGAUCCACACCUUUGUCUUUGCGACCUUUGCCUCCCUUAUCGCACCCUUUGGCGGCUUCUUCGCCUCGGGGCUCAAGCGCACUUUCAAGAUCAAGGACUUUGGCCAUUCGAUUCCCGGACACGGCGGCAUGACUGACCGGAUGGAUUGCCAGUUCAUCAUGGGCUUCUUCACCUACAUCUACUACCACACCUUCAUCGCCGUCCACAAGGUGUCUCUCGGCCAGGUCAUGGAGAUUGCCAUCACCGGCUUGACGGAUCAUGAGCAGGUCGAGCUUAUCAGGGGGAUGGGGAGGUACUUGGGGAACCAAGGGCUCGUCUCGAAUGAGGUAAGGAACUGCCUGUCCCUGAUUAUUAGAGAUUAG